GAUACUGUGGUUCAAUAUGUCGGACGUCCGUCAUUCAUUCAUUCAUUUGCCUUGCUAAAAAAGGUAUAGAAACGAGAAAUGUUGGCAAAUUAGCUGCUAUAGUACACGAGACGUUUGUGUGGAAAAUUGUUGAAGAUGGACGUUAGAUUGUGUUAAUAAGAUAUAUUAUGGCAUCUGGUACAUCUUUGGAGAGCAAUGGCAGCAAUGAAUCAAUAUCCCAUAAUUACGUGAGCGCCGAGCGCCACAACCCGUCGCAGCUGCCGACCAUCCCAAUACCGAUCGACUACGAAGCGCUCACGAACAACCAGUGCUAUGAGAAGCAGAACUACACGGUGAAGAGUCACGGCGCGCACGUGAUGAGCGGCCCCUACGAGCCGAUGCAAUACGACGUCAUACAGAAGCAGAGCAACGAGAGUCUCAAGCAGCAAUGCGAGAAGGCGCUGCACGACCUGAACCAGCUGCGGCGGCAGCACACGGAGACGUCGCGGAGGUGUGAACAUGUUAUGAAGGAGUUGGAGUACUUCCGCGGUCAGCACAGAGCAGCUAUGAAUCAACUGGAGGUGUCGGCGCAGGAGGCUAGCAGCCUCCGUGGCAAAUAUGGCGACCUACUCAACGACAACCAGAGGCUGGAGCGUGAGGUCCAGCAUCUGCAACAGAGCAGUAACCCUGAGGGCAGCUCCGAUGCUCUGGUGCAUACACUUAGGAAGUGCGAGUCACUCAAGGAGGAGCUCGACUGCUUCCAGAAAAGAUAUGAUGAUCUCAUAGAGAACCACAAUGCUACUUUGGAGAAAUUACAAAUAGUACAAGAGGAGAACAGCCGCCUGAAGACUCAGUGCCAUGAGUUAACACAGGAGAGAAAUGCUGUUGUGCGCGAGCGCAACGCUCUGAAGGCGCAGGUGGCGCACGCGGUGCGGCAGUGGGAGGGGGGCGCCCGCGACCGCGCCGACAUCAAGCGCCUCACCGACGAACGCAACGCCGCCAUGGCGGAGUACACGCUCAUCAUGAGCGAGAGGGACACAGUGCACAAGGAGAUGGAGAAGCUGUCUGAUGACCUGCAGAGCGCGCUGAAGCGAGUGGCCGCGCUCGAGGCGGCGCUGCAGGCCUCCAGGGAGCAGCAAAGGGCUACCGCUUUACAGGCGGAGAGUCUGCGUCGUGAGAUCGAGUCGGCGCUGGUGGACCGCGACCGCGCCAUCAAGGAGUGCACCGACCUCAAGACGCCGCAGAACCCGCCCACACUCGGGAAAUCUAGACAAGACAACUCGGCGUACCACCACUUGGGGCUAGCAAGUGGCGUGGGCAAUGACGGAUUUCUCAACGGACAACAUUCCAAUGAUCCAUCAUUGGAUAAGUUGCAAGGUUUAGUGGGCAUGGUAGUGGACGCGGUGGACAAAGAGCGAGUGGACAACUUGGAGCAGGCCAACCAGGAGCUGGAGCGGCUCAGGAAGCAGGUGGAGCGGCUGCAGGCGGAGCUGGCUGACGCGCAGAGGGAGGCAGAGGUAUCGAAGCGACGGAGAGACUGGGCGUUCUCCGAGAGAGACAAGCUGCUGCAGGAGCGAGAGAGUGUCAAGGCGUUGUGCAAUAGGCUUAGGAAGGAGCGUGAUCAAAUGGUGGGCGAGUUGGCGGAAGCGCGUCGACACGGCGGCAAGAAGUGCGACGGCAAGGACAAGCCCCGCGGCGACGACGCGGACCUCAGGCACCAGCGGGACCUCGCGCUCGACGCAGACAUGCAGGAUUACGAAUGGGAGAUCAUUGACGUGGAACUGAAUGGGCUGGGCAAAGACGGCGAGCUGGGUUUCGAGUUAGCUGGCGGUCGGGACGAUCCUUACUUUCCUAACGACAGCAGCAUAUAUGUCACUUCUGUGAAGAAAGGAUCCAUUGCUGAUGGAAAGAUCAAGGUGCUGGACCGCGUGUGGGAGGUGCUGGGCGGGCGCGCGUGGGGCUCGGGCGGCGCGGCGGCGGCGGCGCUGCGCGCGGGGCUGGCGCGCGAGGCCGCGGCGCCUGCGCUGCCCGCCGCGCUACCGGCCGCGCUGCGCCUGCAGCGGCCGCGCGCGCGCCGCCUGGCGCACCGCCUGCGCGACGCGCGCGGCCUUGCGCUCGCACACGGCAUCUUCGUGAGCAAAAUAGCGAGUGGUAGCGCUGUCGCCAAAGAGGGCAACAUUAUGGUCGGCGAUCGAGUUGUUAGUAUAAACAACAGAUCGCUAGAGGGCAGCAAGAGCGUGUCAGAGGCGAUGUCACUCCUGAACGAGUGUCACUACGAGUCGGUCACCCUCACCGUGCUGCGGCCGUUGUGUCCCACGUGCGAUAACCGAGAGAGACUGCUGCACGGCGCGGGGUUCGCGGAGAAGGCGGCGGGCGCGUGCGCGGAGGAGUGCGCGCAGUACCUGGCGCCCGACAACAAGGUACUCGACGACGAUAUCCACAUAGACCACGGCGUGCCAGACUUCGACAGGCGGUACGUGUACCACGUGGCAGCCGGCAGUCAGGGGAAGAUAGCGCAGGAGAGAGGCACCUGGGACAUGAUACGCGGCAAGAUCGAGGCGGUCACCGGCAGGAGCAAGUCCAAGGAUAAACAGAAUAAGGUGCCCGAAUCGGAUGCUAUCGCUGAGUUGGAUUCUGUUAUAGAUAGCUAUCAUGGCAAAACCAUAAAAGAAACGAGCAGCGUCCUAAAGCGUUCACGGAGAAAAAACAAAGAUUCCCAAAGUGACACCAAAAAUGGCGGCACAUGGCCCAAAGCGAGGGCAAAUUUUAUCCUAGAAGAGAACUCAACGGGCACCAUCGUGCAGCCCCGCUCGAGGAAGGAGAGACCCCCUUUAUCGAUACUCUUGAGUCCGCCCACGAAAUUACCGCCCGAGCCACAGCGUUCGAACACGAAUCGGAACUCGAACCCGAUACCUCUCGGCCACGCGCCGCUCACACAAGCUACAACUCCUGCAAGGCACUCGGUGUACAAAUCCAUAGAGUCGUCGCCAGCGAUUGAGCAUUUUCCGAAGCCAGCACCACUCGCCAUCCACAACCCUUUCGCGUCCCCGAACAGCAUGAACUUCGAGAAGAUUCGAACGUUAGAGAAGGACAAGAUGUCUAUAAGUGACUACUCCGAACACGACAUAACGCCGAACCGACUGAGUUUGGUGCUGAACCCGUCGGACGAUUCGUUGGACUAUCAACCAGUGAUACGAAAUCGGACGAAAAGUCCGCACUCUUUAGAUUUCAUGGUCAACAAGGGACCCAGCUCUCUAGAUUUCGUCACGCGGAAAUCACCAAGUUCCUUGGAGCAUUCUAUAAAAAACCAUCCCGGGAAGGAUAUACUCGACACGUAUUAUUCGACAAAAAAGUCGUCGUCUCCGAAGACGGUGAACAAGUACCCGUCGGACAGCGACAGCUUCGGCCCGGACAGUUUGAACAGUAACGCAAAUUUUCCCAUGACGGGGACGUUACCUUCCCAGUCGCGUCUCCAAUCACAGUAUUACAGAGGACCUUUCGUGAAUUCGAACCCGCAUACUUCAAGUCGGUACCCUCAUCUGGCGAGUCCGACUAACAUACCGCAAAGUCAGUCAGGCGAGAGCAUCGGCACGAGCUAUGAUAUGCAUUCGUUCACGUCUCAUACGCACAAUAUGUCCGAUAUACAGCCGGUGCCGCGGAUAAACCGAGCCGGCGACUACCACCAUACGUAUGAAGGCGGGACGUUUCCUAGAAAAAAAGAGAACCAGAGGUUUCGGAUCCCUUCCAACCCAAGUGUGACGUCGAAAAACUCAGCGGGCAAGCUGAGUACGGGCUCGAUCGAGAGGAGUUCCGAGAGGAACUCGCCGAUGCCGACAUUUCACGUGGAAGUGUUGAGUCCGGGCAGGGGGGCGAAGCAGAUGACUCACAAGGGCACCAGGAACUCGAUGCCCGAGUACUGCGGCUUGGGUUGGAACAAACCUUUACCUGGAGAGUUGAGACGAGUUCACAUUGACAAGAGUCAGCAGCCUUUAGGAAUACAGAUUUACUGUCCGCCGAGCAGUGGAGGCGUGUUUGUAUCCACCGUCAACGACAACUCGCUCGCGAGUCAAGUGGGAUUGCAAGUGGGGGAUCAGUUGCUGGAAGUGUGUGGGAUCAACAUGCGAUCAGCUACUUACACCUUGGCCGCGAGGGUGUUGCGACAAAUCGGCAACUCGAUAACAAUGUUAGUGCAAUACAGUCCGGAGAAAUACAAGGAUGAAAUCGAGGUCCCCGGGAGCUCGUCAUCGGGAGAGAGUUCUCACGAUGAAGAGGUCUCGUUGUCUGGUUCGCCUACGCCUAGGAAUUCUCCGGGACCCCAGCAGUCUCUGCGGAUGGAAGCGCCUUCAACAGAGGUGACAACGCUAAGACAGUCUCAAGCAAGUAAAGAACUGCCGAGGUUUUUGUUGAUUGAGAUGAGGAAUUGCUCCGACUUGGGGAUUAGUUUAGUUGGCGGGAACGCUGUGGGGAUCUUUGUCCAUAGUGUACAGAUCGACUCGCCGGCGUAUAAUGCUGGACUGAGGACUGGAGACCAGAUCUUGGAGUAUAACAACGUGGACCUUAGGCAUGCUACAGCUGAACAGGCUGCGUUGGAGUUAGCAAAGCCAGCGGACAAGGUAAGCGUCCUGGUUCGUCACGACCUGCAGCAGUACAACGAGAUCAAGGACAAGCCCGGCGACGCGUUCUACAUCCGCGCCGGCUUCGACCGCUGCGCUAAGAUCACCUCCAUCGGCAUGGACACCAUCGACGAGUAUUCUCUAUGGUUCCGGAAAGAUGAGGUUUUGUUCGUGGACAACACGCUGUUCAACGGCUCGCCGGGGCUGUGGCGCGCCUGGCAGCUCGACUGUAAGGGAAUGAAGAGGCACUUCGGCACCAUUCCUAGUAAAUUCAAAGUAGAAGAGAUCCUGCGCCGGUCGAUGGGCACGCUGGAGAGCGACGCGCACAGACGCGCCUCCACGACGGCGCGCCGCUCGUUCUUCCGCCGCAAGAAGCACCGCGACAGCAAGGAGCUCGCCUCCUUCUCCAACACCGAGCUCGGCUGCUGGAGCGACUCCGGCACGCUGGCCGACGACGUGCCGCUGCUGUCCUAUCAGAGGGUCGAGAGGUUGCACUACGGCACGCAGCGGCCGGUGGUGGUGCUGGGCCCGCUGUGGGAGUGCGUGUGCGCGCGCCUGGUGUCGGACUGGCCGCACGUGUUCGGCGCCGCGCGCGCCGGGCCCGAGCCGCGCGCGCGCCUCGACUGCGCGCACCUCGACUGCAUCCCGCUGCAGGCCGUGCGCGACCUCGCCGACAAGGGCAUCCACUGCAUUCUGGAACUUAGCGUGGCCAAAAUAGAGAAGCUCCACAAACAACAAAUAUACCCUAUAGUUUUGUUCAUCAAAUUCAAAUCAUUCAAGCAAAUUAAGGAAGUGAAGGACACGCGAUAUCCGGCGGACAAGGUGUCGGCCAAGGCCGCCAAGGAGAUGUAUGAACAUGGGCUCAAAGUAGAGAACGAGUAUAGGAAUUACAUAUCGGCUGAAAUACCGGCCGGCGUUAACAUAGCGUACAUGUGCACACAAAUCAAAGAGGCGGUAGAGGAGGAGCAGAACAAGACCCUGUGGUCCGUCACCUUCUGCACACACUGUAAGUACGACGACAAACACAUCUACAGCUCCGACGUGGACGUCCGGUACUACUCCGAUCCUGGACGCGAGAUAGACAAGAAGCCGAAGGUCAAGAAGAAGAAGGAAACCAAGACAGACUCCACAGACAGCGACCUCAAGUAUUACUCGGAACCAGACGCUAAGAACUACUUCGAAAUCGACUACGAGUUUCUCAAGGAGUUGCGUAAGAUAGCUAGAAAUAACUGUCCCAAGUGCAGACGCAAACGUUCGAGGAAAGAUAAAGAUAAGAAAACGAAGCCCACCAGAAGCUCUAGAAUGAAGGAGAACUACGUGUUUUGUAACGGUAGGUAUCACAGUGACAAGGAACACUGUCAGAGAUGCUGUCGCAUUUGCAACCGAUCAACUGACACUUUGGAUUCGAUCGAGGAUGACCAGUACUCCCUGAUAUCGAAGAGCUACAGUCAACCGACUACGUCACGGUCCAAAUCAACGCCCUCGAAGUACAGAGAACGCAAAAACUCAAUACAAUCGAACAAAUCGGUGUCGUUCCUCGAGUCAAGCAACGACGAGUCGAUAAAGGACGAGCCAAACUAUACAGCCAAGAGUUUCACGAACGAUUUGAAGAAGUUCCUGCUGCGGCCUUCGAACCCGCGGCUCAGCCUGCGCGACAAGUUCAUAACGAGCUUCAAACAGGAACUGGAGGCGACCAAGAAAUCACCUAAACUCAAAGCGAUUAAAGGUCUGUGGAAGUCGUACUGAUUAAGGAUGAGUUGGUUACAGGGGUAGAAAACGAAAUUUUUUACUGGCAACACUAUAUGGUGUUACAAUGUAAAAACAAUCAACUAUUUGGUAAUUUCUACUCUUUGUGAACCACUGAAAUAUUGUUCUGAUGUUUCAAAUUAUAUUAUAACCCGUUUUGUUCUUAUUCUAUUUUGGUGCUUUAUAGUUUGAAUGUUAUCUUUUUUUUGUAUGAAGAAAAAAAAACGUAAGUGUUCAGAAUUGGUCUAAAAAUACUAUGUAAUGUAAAAAUCUAGAUUUCGGUGCUAAUGAGCUGAAAGUUUUACAAUUUAUACAUUAUAUCAUCUAUAUUAUACAUCUCCUUUUACUUCUAGUAAUAUAUGUAUAUACGAUUUUACGUGCAAUAGUUUGUGAAAAUAUAAUAGCCUAAUGAUAUCGUGGUUUUUGUAGUGGACGUUUGAAAGCGGUCAGUCGCUGUCAAAUGUCACAUUGACAGCAAUCGAUUGUCUCUAUUAAUAAAUUGUCUGUUAUAAUAUGCAGAGAUACAGGGUACGAAUUGUGUUAUAAAAAACCAGCGGUGAAUUUCAGUAAUUCUAUUUAUUACACUCUAAAUUAAUUUAUAUUAACCAGCGUUUAUUUUCUUCUAUUUUUAUAUUUGAUUCUUAUACUUUACCCAUCUUUUUCUUCAUGUUAUCAGGAUCCGCAAUGAAGCUUAGAAAAUAUUGAAAUAUGUAUUUGAGGAGCAAAUAUUUAUACCUACACAUAUUUUUACCCUGUAUAACAAUAAAUAAAUAUAGUUAGUAGUUGGGGUGCCAAUAGCCUUUAUAGUGAUUAUAUAACGUUUUGAAUAUCAAACUUAUUACAUAAAUGUCAAAAUAUCUAUUAUUGACAUUAUACUAUGAACUUAAUUAUAUAUUAGAGAGUUAGGUGUAGAAAUUUAUUUCUGUCAAGAUUGUUUACAAUUUUUGAUGUAUGUAGUCAAGGGGUAGUAUUUUGAUCCUUCGAGCAGGAAAAAAAAUGAACUAAGGCGUUUGUCAUUAAAAAACGGGUUGCAAGUCGUGUUGUAUAUUAAAAACAUACUAACUAUCUGAUAUUGUGGAUAUAUUUUAUUCGCACAUAAGUCGACGAAAAAGUACAUAGAGUAUUUUAACGUGCACAAUACGUAAACAAUCUUGACAGAGUCACAUAGAGGACCCGUAGUAACGCAUGCGUCCCACGCACAUCCUGAUAUCAACCAUAGUCUCCUAGGAGUGCCGCCUUUUCGUAGAUAUUUUACACAUAUACAUCAGUAGGUAAAUAUAUAACGUGUUUUAUAUAGCAGUUUUAUAAUGCAUGGUAAUUUAGGGGGCCUUUGUUGGCGGUUUGCGAGUGUUGCCAACGUGAAGUAAAUAGAAAAGUAAUAUCAAACGUAUAUAGGCUGGCGAUAUUUCCGAUAUUAAUCGUACAGGUUAUAAUGCGUAAAGAGAACAGCUUUUGUAUUCCUAACAUGUAUCGGAAGUUAGUGUUUAGUCAAACCUGAUUGUCUCAAUGUUCGCGAAUUGUCGGUCAAAGGAACCAAAAAGUAGGGAAAAUAUAUUCAUCAACAUUAAAACGUCGAAUGGUUUUGGUUCGAAUUUUGCAUUACAACUAUUUUAUCAUUAAUUAGAUGAGUAAAGUCGGACUUUAAAAAAUGCAAAGGCAAGUCGAUCUUUUGGAUGUCCAAGUUCUGUUUGUACCACAUACCAGUCAAAGGUGGUAUAUAAAUUCAAUAGGACUAUUAUUGUCUACCAUCUCCCCUGUUAAAUAGAGUGGCGACAUAACAAGAUGACCGUAAUAUAAAUUCGUCUUGGAACCGUGUCACGGGAAAAUUAAGGGGUGAUAUGAAAAUUGGUACGGAACAGCUGUUUUAGGUUAUAAUAUCGGGAACCUACUAUAUAUUUUAACUAAGUUCAAAAGAUAUAUUUAUGUUUUAACAAACUGCGUCGGUCUGGGUUUACAAGCCAAAUAUCAUACAUUUAUCGACUUAGACGCUCAGUCUUGAGCCAUUCAUUAUGACCAAGUUGAUUGAUACAAUAAUAAUUUAUUACAUGAUGUGACCAUGUUAAAGUAGAUAUUUAAUAGUCAAACAGAAGCAGGACGUCACCUAAAGCUAUGGCCCGCGGAAUAAAGUUAAUAUUAUAAUUAAUAUUGGCUUAAAUUAUAUAUAAUUAUGAGAUACGAAUUAGAAAUGAUUUUAUAGUCGAUAAAGUUACAGUAAAAAUAUAGGCUGAGAUCUCUAAAUACUUAAAUUAACGUCCAAGUCAAAAAACAAAUGUGUGGCAUACGUUUGUCUUUUAAAAUCGAUAUUAUCGUCGUAAUUUUCAAAAUAAUAAAAUUUGUAAACACCAAAAUGAAAAUAGCAUGUUAUAAUUUUUAUAAAUUUUGAUUUGGACUUAGAUUUAAGUUGAAUUAGUUGAUCUUAGUCUUAAAUUGAUAAUGGAAUAGCGCAGUUAGCUCCCAGUUACGGUAGAUACGAAAUUUGAGACUGUAGUUGUAGAUUUAGUAUUUGAUCGCGUUUAUAGUUUGACUUAUCUCUUAAAAAAGGUACUAAAAAUUGAGAGAAUUUUCAACGUCAUAGAUUCAGUGCGUUGUUUUUGACGACUUUAUAUUUUGUACAUAACUUUGUUCGAGCACAGUAUAAGGUGCCUAAAUACAGUCGGUUUAAUUUUUAAAAUAUUAACCUGUUUUUACUUACCUUCUCUUUAAGGGGAUUUCUAAAUAUACAAAAUACAUUAAUUUCGCACCCCUUACAUAUUGUGAGCCGAUAUGGGUCUCCUAAACUAAGGGACGGUGGCUAAAGACCAGCAUUAACGUUUGGUAAGUAAAUUAUAUGUUUGUAUAUAUGUAUUUAAUGAUAUGUGAUGUAAUACUGAAAGCUAAUUUAAUUUUUUGCUAUGUCCUAAUAUUUAAAAUAUUACGAUAUGACUAAGCAAAUUGGAAACAUAGACUUUUUAGAAUUGUUUUAUUGUGUGUGCAGAAGUAGGUACUUUAUAGAUUUUUGUCGCAAAUAAUUUUAAUAUUUGCGUUGGUAACGCAACCACAAACAUUAAGCAAUAACAUAGAUACAGGCCUGUAUUCAGAUUAAAUGACUGGGGGGUCAAGUUCCCAGUAUUGUCCCAAUUCAUAUCGGAAAGAUUCUCUAUAAUGAAUACAUGUCUGUAUUUAUAUAUAAACAACGGUGAUAAUUAAACAAUAUCAUAAUAUAUUUAAUAAAUAGAUCCUAAGAGUCCUGUCAUACUGGAGGAUAAUUCUAAUUGUAAUUUAUAUUUAUAUGACUAAGGAAUAGGUAAUUAAUGAAUUCGAGAGAGAACUCUUUAAUCACAUAUCUUUGAAUUUUCCUGCACAUGUCAAAAGCAAUAUUUAUAGCAUUUACGACAGAUUUUUCUUAUUCCUUCAGUGUGGCCAGACUCUUAGUGCUAAGAUUUGUUUAAUCUUAAGUAAAUGACUACCUAUAUUUCACAAUUAAUAUUUUUAAAUUGUAGACGAAUAACGAGAGAAAUAAAGAAAAUAUAAAAUAAUGUUCGGGGCUGUCGAUGUUAAAGCAAUAUUCAAAAAAUUGAAAACAUUUUUUUUUGUCUAGUAAUUUAUUAUAAUAGUAAUAUUGACGUGUUAAAAUGUAUUUAUUAGAAUUUUAGCAUGAGUAGUUUCCAGUGAACUAAGUAUAAAUAUGCUUGAUGGUAUAUUACAGCAUUCACAUUUUGUGUGAACUUUUAAUCUAUAUACAUAAAUCCUAGCUUUUUGUAUUGAUUUAUUAGUAAAACUCGACAGCCUUAGUGUAAGCCGUGGGUUAAGUUGAAAAAAAAAGUAUAACACUGCUCCCGAUAUUGACAAGCGAUCUCAUUGAUAUUAACGUGUGAUGAGGCUUUUAUUAUUGAUUUUUAUAAAAGAAAAAAUAAACAGCACAUUCUUUAUUUAGGUUUUAAGGCAUUUUGUACAGAGAUUACUGUUUCAGCGCUGCAACGCUUUGCAUUUCAGUUAUUUUAGCUUUUUAUAGUGCUUUUUUUGAAUUAAUUUAGCGAAUUGAUAGUUUAAAAUUUUUCUCUUGCAGUUAUUGUGAGUUUUAAUGAAAAUAGGGUUUGUUAUGUCGUCACAACGACAUUUUUGGUAUAGAUGACGCCCAGUUGCGGCCUAGUGAGCGUUUGUUAUCGUUUGCGAAGCUAAUCUUGUUCCUAUUAUUAUUAUGAAAAGUUUGUCCAUAAAUCUGAUAUUUAAAAUACCACUUCAAAUGUAUUUUAUUCGGAGAAAUCUAUUUAUAUACAGAUCAUGCCAGUUUAGACCUUAGUCUUAGUGAUGAAAGGUUUAUAUUCAUUCGUAUUAUCCAUCUGUGUAGUUAGUUGUGAUGUUUCUGUCUACACUUUCCUGCGACAUAACCAGCCCGACCAUAGUGAAUAAAAGUUACCAUAAUAUUAUCGUUUAAAACUACAUUGCACAAAAGAACAGUUCAACGUGUUUUUUUAUUACUUUUAUUUUGCAAAUGAAAAAUUAGCUGUAGGUUACAAUGAUUUUGAUCUGAUGUUAUUAUUUAAGUUUGAAUUUUAACCGGUUGCUGAUAUCUUUACUAUACCACGCCGGGUGAGAGAGUGCAGGCGCGUACUCAGAAAUGGGUUGCGGGAGGCGUCUUCCCAAACAUUUUUUUUCAUUGUUUAGGUAAAAGUUUUAACACAUGUAACUUAUUUACUAAAAUCUUGAACCCCAGAAACAGCGUCUGCACUCUCGUACCCUCAUUACAUGAGUUAUUAUUUUCAUAGUAUAUAAAAUAGAUUGUAACAAAGAGUUUUAACACUUCAGUUAUUUUGUUUUUCACGCGUGCCUUUGUUUGGCCGUUUACGUUUUAUUGUAGGUAAAAUGUUAGGUGCAUAUUGUCUUCGAUUUCUGAGCCACAAAUUGUAUAUUUUAAACCGUCGGUGGAGUUCUAACAGUAUUUUCUAAUAAGUAUUUAAAUAUUAACAUACAAACUCGACUUGAAAAUUAGUACGAAAUCAUUAAUGAAUUAUGGUCAUUAAAUUAAUUUAUAACUAUAUAUUAAUUUAUCGACCUUAAUAAUUAUAUGAACAAAUAAAAAAAUGAUUUUUUUAAAUACAAUAUGUCUUUAUUGCAUUUUUCCACUUAUGUAAAGUUAGAAUUUCAUCAAAUUCUUUUUAACCUGUUGUAGUUUCUGUUUGCGUCGUAUGUUUUCAGACGAUUUCUUGUUAUCUUCAAGCCCUUUUUCUGAAGGAAAGGCUGAAGUAGGUAAAAUAGGUGUGCGAGGCAAAAUACCUUUAUGUCACAGUAAUAGAAAAGUCAUGGAAGUGUUGUUAAUUUGGUGCUCAUUAGGGACCUAAGUACGCCCCAUGUUUUAACUUGAGACUCUGUUGUAUUAAAGUAUAUCAUGAAUGCAUUUUUUUAAAUUGUUUAGUGAAGUCUGUUUUAAAUUUUCACAAAAUAUGCUUGAGCCGCCCGAUAGUCUCCAGUUAACAGUUAUCAAGCGUGAUCUUAUGGUUUUGUAUUUUCCAAGUAUUUGAAAUGAUUAGCGUAGGAAAAAGGACGUGAAGAUUUGUUUUAUUCUAAUAUAAAUAUAAUUGUAAAUUUAUAAUUAAUAUUAGAUAUGUUAUUCGAAGGAAAACGACAAUAAUAAAUCAGUAUUUAAAUUAUUAUUUUCCUUUCUUGUAAUAUUUGUUUUGGAGAAUAUAUUUAUGUGUUGAUGUUUGAUUAUUUUUCUGUAUAUGUAUAUGAUAUUAUAUUUGUUUUAAUUUUUAAGCGUCAUAUGUAUAACUUACGGCCAAAUAGGUACAGUAAGCCACCACGGAGUAAUGUAUCAACGAAUUGUUUAUAAUAUUAGAAUUUCGCAAAAUCACAUUGAAUUUUACAAUUUUUCGUCACGUGUGUGUAUGGAAAUGGACAUUAUAUGUUGUUAAGGAGGUAUAGGAAAUAACAGCGUUCCACACCGAGGGCUUUAAAGUAAUUCGAUAGACACACGUCACGAGAACUGAAAUGUUUAAUUUAAUGACUACAAUAUAGAAUGAAGCAAUAAAUGAAUAUACAAAAUGAUUAGA